CGCCAGUAAUUUAUACACAGCACAACUCUGCGUUAAUCAUGACUUUCUAUCUAUCUUCGACCUCGAGUGCGCAGAAAACUACGCGAAUUCGACUUACGAAGACGGUCACAGAGACCAAAGUGCAGCAAUGGGAGAAAUACCUGACCGACAAAUUCGAAGGGAAAAUCCAACCGAAGCCGGCAAAGCAAGUCUACCUCAAGGACGCCUGGUCGGUCUUUGGAGGAGCGAAGUUAAAGAAGCGAUUGACGCUUCGCACGUCUGCUCAAACUAUAGAAAGCCAUGCCAUCGCUUUGCCGCAGUUCGACCCAAACUUCUACGCGCAAAAUGAUAUUCAAUGUAGAAUGGCGGGUUGUAAAGAAACCAAGCCAAGGGCAGCUAAGCGAGGCUGCAAAGAAGAUCUCUACUUGUGUUCGCUCCACCAAGAAAGGCUCAGGCAACAUGUUAAAGAACUUUGCAGCAAAAGCAAGGUCGAUGUUGACUUUAACGCUCGAAACGAUGAUUUCGAGGGUUACACGUCGCUAAUAUGGAUGAUGGAUCGCGCGUAUUUCUUCUCGAUUCGAAAAAAUUCCCAAAUGCCUCGCAUCCUAAAGGAGUGUCCGAAAAUCAUGAAUGAAGUCUGGUUGAACAUCCGUAACUUUAUGCUGAUCACCAAUGCAGUGUUGAAUCCCAUCUUUGAUAACUGUCGACUCGCCCUCCCACCUGUGAUGGACAUUUUGAGAGAAAUACUGGAGCACAUCCACGAAACGCAAUACGUAGAGAAUCUUGUUUAUCUCAUGCGCAGCAUCGUGGAGAUGAUCCUAUUCGCGUUUGGUGUCAUCUACACCUGGGUCUCUCUGGCUCUUCUCGCUAAUCCUGGUGCCCAGAUUGGCAUGGGUGUUGGAGGGGUUUUGGGGGCUGCGGCGGCCGGGGCGGCAGCUGGACCGGUUGGGGUGGCAAUUGGCUUUGGUUUAGGGCUAGGAGCCUUCUGCGGUGGUUUGAUAGGGGGUGGGUAUUACAACUGGCAGCAGCAACAACGGGAACAACUGCAACAAGACGAGGCGCUACGUCGUUACCGUGACUUCAUGCGAAUGCCUGCUCCGGACGACCAGCCACAGCCAGGUCAACCCCAGCCAGUGCUGUACCAGUUUCGAGGUGAUGCUUGGGGCGGGUUCGUUUUGACUUUGUGGCACUAUGCUGAAGCUUUUGGGAACUGACAAGCACUAAAAAUAAACACUUAUUCAGUAUCCAUGAAUUUUAUUACGAUCACCACCAUCGAGCGCCUCUCUUUUCUGGAACUUUAAAAAGGACUGUCAACUAGCCUUCAAGUCCUGUUGUUAUCAAAGAUUCUUCGAUACUGAUAUUCCCUUUUGGAUCCUCACGCCAAUGGGUCAUUCUAUGGAUACAUUGGCGUGAGGACCCAAAAGGCGAUACCAGAAUAGAAAGAAUUUUGAAGAAAGCAUUUGGUAAAAUGUUAUCCUAAAAAUACCCCCCUUCCCCCCGUCUACUUUUAUGGAGUCCCCCUCCCCCGUCUAGCUUUGCCGGUCGUGGAAGGUGUUCAUAUCUUUAAGUAGAAAAUUGAUAGAUAAUAAUAAUCGGGAUUUAUGGAUAAUAGUUAAAUUUAUUCGUUUAGUGUCAGUGACGCUAGACUAGUCGUAGCCUGCUAAGCGGUGCUUUGAGUGUAAACAAUAUAAUUGAAUUAAAAGAAGUCUACCGUUUAA